CCCAGUCUCCUCCGCGCGCCCCCUCCCCAGCCAGGCGGAGCCGCCGCCGGAGCUCGGACUGCCGCCGCCUGCCGCUUUCUUCCCCCGUGGCCAAGGGCGCCCGGCUCUGCCCCGCGGACCCGCUCCCCGCCUCCGCCGCCAUGAGCUGGGGCUCGGAGCUGUGGGAAGAACAUGUGGGGUUGGACUAGGAGGGCCUGUGGCAAGAUCACACACUCCAGCUGCAGCCCUGUGCGCUGCCCAGCUGAAGGAGCCAGGUGCCAAGAACAUUCAGGGCAGGAUCAGUUUGAUAACUUAGACAAGCAUACCCAAUGGGGCAUUGACUUCCUGGAGAGAUAUGCAAAAUUUGUGAAAGAAAGGAUAGAGAUUGAACAAAACUAUGCAAAACAAUUGAGAAAUCUGGUCAAGAAGUACUGUCCUAAACGUUCAUCCAAAGAGGAAGAGCCCAGGUUUACCACAUGUCUAGCCUUUUUUAACAUCCUUAACGAGUUAAAUGACUAUGCAGGACAGCGAGAAGUAGUUGCAGAAGAAAUGGGACACAGAGUAUAUGGUGAACUAAUGAGAUACUCUCAUGAUCUAAAAACAGAAAGGAAAAUGCAUCUUCAAGAGGGGCGAAAAGCUCAGCAGUAUCUCGACAUGUGUUGGAAACAGAUGGAUAAUAGCAAAAAGAAAUUUGAGAGAGAGUGCAGAGAGGCAGAAAAGGCACAACAAAGCUAUGAAAGACUGGACAAUGACACUAAUGCUACAAAGGCUGAUGUUGAGAAGGCUAAGCAACAAUUAAAUCUGCGUACACACAUGGCUGAUGAAAACAAAAAUGAAUAUGCUGCACAACUACAGAACUUCAAUGGCGAACAACACAAACACUUCUACAUUGUUAUUCCUCAGAUAUACAAGCAACUACAAGAAAUGGAUGAACGAAGGACCGUCAAGCUUAGUGAAUGCUAUAAAGGUUUUGCUGAUUCUGAACGAAAAGUUAUUCCCAUAAUUUCUAAAUGUUUAGAAGGAAUGAUUCUUGCAGCAAAAUCAGUUGAUGAACGUAGAGACUCUCAAAUAGUGAUCGACUGCUUCAAGUCUGGUUUUGAACCUCCUGGAGACUUCCCAUUUGAAGAUUACAGUCAGAAUAUUUACAGGACCAUCUCUGAUGGUACCAUAAGCACACCAAAGCAGGAAGGAAUGAAGAUUGAUUCAAAAACCACUGUGGGCAAGGCCAAGGGCAAGCUGUGGCUUUUUGGAAAGAAACCAAAGCCACAGUCCCCACCCCUAACCCCUACUAGUUUAUACACAUCCAGUACUCCUAAUGGGUCCCAGUAUCCCAUAUUCUCCAUUGAACCAGUGCAUUAUUGCAUGAGUGACAUAAAAACAGGGAAGCCCAGAAUUCCUUCUUUCAGAAGCCUCAAAAGAGGGUGGUCGGUGAAGAUGGGCCCUGCACUGGAAGAUUUCAGCCACCUGCCCCCAGAACAAAGACGUAAGAAGCUGCAGCAGAGAAUUGAUGAACUUAACAGAGAACUCCAGAAAGAAACAGACCAGAAAGAUGCACUUAUCAAAAUGAAAGAUGUUUAUGAAAAAAACCCACAGAUGGGAGAUCCAGGCAGUUUGCAGCCAAAAUUAGCUGAGACCAUGAGCAACAUGGACCGUCUUCGAAUGGAAAUACACAAGAAUGAGGCUUGGCUUUCUGAAGUUGAAGGUAAAGUAGCAGCAAGAGGUGACAGGCGGCACAGCAGUGACAUCAACCAUCUUGUGACACAGGGAAGAGAGAGCCCCGAGGGGAGCUACACAGAUGAUGCAAACCAGGAAGUUCGAGGCCCACAGCAGCAGCAUGCCCACCCUAAUGAAUUUGAUGAUGAAUUUGAAGAUGAUGAUCCCUUACCAGCUAUCGGACACUGCAAAGCAAUCUAUCCCUUUGAUGGUCACAAUGAAGGCACCCUGGCAAUGAAAGAAGGGGAAGUUUUAUAUGUUAUUGAGGAGGAUAAAGGAGAUGGAUGGACAAGAGCUCGAAGACAGAACGGAGAGGAAGGCUAUGUGCCAACAUCAUACAUAGAUGUAACUCUAGAGAAAAGUAGCAAAGGUGCAGUAACCUAUAUCUAAACACUACACUCGCAGUUUACAGCUGUACAUCCCAGAGGGAAAACACUGAAUCACAGUUUCAUGGAAGUAUUAGGCUUUCCAAAGGCAUAAGUGCUCUGUUCUCUUUAUGAGUUCCACUUAAUUUUUUUUCAGAGUUAGCCAGUAGUAAAACUUGGGGAAAAGGGGGAAGGAAGGGGGAGUUUUUUCAUUCAUUGGGUCUGCAAAUUUGACCAGUGCCAUUUGCCUUGUAUUUAUCUGCUUUUAGCAGUCAUCUUUCAUAAAUCAUUGAAUCUGACCUAUUGAUUAGGUCACUGUAUUUUUAAUGAUUUUUAUCUUAAAUCUGAUCUUAAUUUUCAUUUACUCCAGCAAGUAAUUUAAAAUUCUGUCUGUCUGACAGUAUACCAGACAAUAACCCACUCCCCAAGGUGCAAUUUCUAUAAAGCCUCUUUAGACUCUCAGCAUUCCUUCAUCAGCAGCUUUAACUGUGCUACGUGGAUAGCUGAAAACUCUUAAAAGACAAACAAGAGCAUUCUAACAACUGAGUUCAGUUACUGAAAACGUUCAUAUUUUUUCCUUGCUUUGUAAAUAUUUUGGCAGCUUUCAUUGCAUAAGGAAAUCAACAUUCUGAUUCUCAAAGAUAAACUUGCACUCAGGAAGAUUCUCUGUAUUUUCUGUGUUCUCUUUAAUUACCCAUGUAUGUAUGUUAUCUUGCUUCUUUUGUUUUCUUCCAAUGGUACUGGACCAAAAUUAUUGUGCAUUUAAUAACACUGCUUAGAACUGGAAAUACUUUUGAGGUUACAACAGUGUUAAAAUGCCACAAAACGUGUUUUUUCCAUUGCAUUCUCUGGCCUCUUCUUUGGCAAGUACCUGCUUUUGAGUUGUGACAAAUGUUCUAGACUCCCAGUACAAGGGGCUUGGUAUCCAUAGCUAGGCUUCAGACUUCAUUACCUAUGGAUUAAAUAUUCAAAGUUUAGUUGUACAUCCAUUUCCUCACUUAAUGUUAAAUGAACCUGGACUGGAAGUUAACUUGCACUAUUUGGGUACUAGAAAACUGGCUAUGCUGGAAAUUCUGUUGGGGGAAAAAAACCUGGAAAGCUGUUGCUUGCUAUCAAAUGUGGUUAAUUCUUCAGGAAUUAAAUGCAAGGUUGAAUCUAUAGCCAUUUGGGAAGGCCAGUUAGAAGUGAGCACCUCUCUGUCUUCCAAAGACCUUCAGUAACUCUGUUCUUUUCUUUUUCCUCUUGGACUGCAGGUUCCUGAAGCGGGUUUCUGAGAAAAUGGGCGAGAUGUUGAAGGAGGUUACAUGCAGCUGCUUUUGGGGAGGGCAUUAGGCUGGGAGGCACCAUGAGAAGGGGAAAGCUAGUUGCAUGAGUGCAUGCAGACAUACAUUUAUUCACUAACAUUCUCAGCAUUGCCAUAUGUAGCUAAGGACCUGUUACAAAUUCUUAAAUUUCUGCAGCAAAAUAGGACUCCAUUACAACAGUAUAAACUAAGGCAACCAGAUCGUGGUCCUAAGUACUGAAAGUUGUACAAACUGUUCACCAGUUUGUUACAGUUUAUUGCCUCAGCUGUCUUCUUUUCCAGCCCCAUUAUAAUUGGUAGUCAUUCAAGACCCUGUCAUUUGUCAGUGUCUGCAUAUGCCACCUCCGUGCUCGCCCUAACCUCCUCCUGCAUGUCUAGAGUUCUCAGGCAUGUCAGUCUAACUUUUUUCCUCCAUUGCUUAUCUUCUUCUUUUUCAUGUGUAGCAAAACCACUUUGUUUAAAUAUCUCCUGUACUAAAGUUUUCAUCCCAGUGUCCAUGUGUGCUGCUAUAACUUUCCUACUGCAACUAUCAUUACAUUCCAGUUUUUCAGCAUUAUAACUGAUGUGAACCUAAAUGUAUUUAUGUUGUUGAUUUGGGGAAAAGAACACAUCUCAGCUCUAGCUGACAGUGCAGUCAAAGGAGCUCCUAGAAUUGUGGUCCAUCUUCAGCACUUCGGUAACCUAUAGUGAGCACUGAAAACCUGGCAUGAACAACACAGAGAUUCACCACCAGAAGACAAGUGACUGUUUUUAGAAGUCAACUGCUUGCCAUUCAGACGCUGCCUUAAACUAGAGUGCCUAAAUCUGUUGAUUGCCAACACUACCAUUACAGUAUCCCACAAAGGGCUUUGGGUCUCAACUCAGUAUGACCUCCUGUAACUCCUUCCACGGUGCUGCAGCUGCUGAGGUAGCCACAGCAGGUGGUUUCUAGAGCUCUACCUUAUGUGAUACAUGGUGCGUCAUACAUUUUAUGCAUUGAAACUGAAGACAUGGAUCUGUUCAUUUUACUUUAAUGAAUGUUUUUAAAAUAAUUUUUAAGGAAAUUUCUUCUUGAUUGUCUCUUAAUUUGGGGUUAUGACACUCCAGUUUAAUCACUGCAGUGCUAGGUCUGUUCCCAGGUGAUGCUUCAUUGUAUGGACCAGUUGAAAUUUGAGUGAAACUUUGUAAUGAUCUUUGUGCACUUUUACUUGUAAACAAUUGAAAUUUGGAUAUGUUUAUAUGUGUAAAUAUAGUUGUCUGCAGAGCCCCUACUGCUUAUGUUGUCUUGUCUCCCAUUUGUGAUUCUAUUAAUAGAAUGUAUCAUAUCUGAUUUUAAUAGGUAACAUUAGGAUAGGGGAGGUAGUGGGAGGGAUCUCUGUAUCAGCUGAAGUUUUAUCAACCCAGGCACUUGCUGUUUAGGGAAAGAAUAGUGAAACAUCCUGUUUUUCCAUGGGGUUUGAAGCAAUAUUUGGAUGCAGCAGUGCUGGAUUCUUUAAAAAAAAUAUGUCAGUGUUAUUAGAAAUCGUACUACCAGUAAAACUGAAUCUGAGUGACUUGUGUGGCAGUUAAUUCCUUUGUUACGUAUACCACUAUUACACAGCUGACCUAGCGUAUUACAUUUGGGGGCUAUUAAAUGCUAAAGUUUAGAUUUUUGGAUAUUGUAUACAGGGUUAUUUAUAUAACGUGACAUUACUCAAUACUGACAAACUACAUAGUGUAGUUUUUUUUUAAACCUAGUGCUUUUUUAUUUUAAAGUUAGAGAAGAAAAGGAAAUGUGAUCUGUGUUUUUUCUGCAAAGAGGUUUGCCUGGCUAACAGCCUUGCAGGUCAUUGUUAGCACUUCCUGGUAAAGGACUAACUGUUCUUUUCAUGCUACUGUUUGUUUUUCUAAAACCAGGAUUUGCUUCCUUUGAAAGCAAGUUGCUUUCAUAAGGGAUAAUGCAACCUGUACGAGGGUUAUUAAAGAUAGAAUAAACCAUUUGUACUUGCACAGCAGCUAGUUAUAAAUCACUAUUCUGAACGUGAAUUGUCUAAGGAAUCUUACAUUUUUCAAGUAAUUUUUAAUCCUUUUGUGCACAUGUUGAUUUCUUAAAUGUUAAAUGCUUUGUUUAAAAAUAGUGUUCUCUGUUGAGAAUAUUUUAAUGGAAUAAAAAAAGAACCUUUUCAUGGUUAA